AUGAGUGCUCCACACCACUUCAACUCAGAGGCCUUUCUGGAGGGACGUGGCCUAAUCAUGGAGGGUAUCGUGGCCAUUAAGGCUAACAUUCGCAGAGAGAGCUUCCAGGCUGCCAGGGAAACACUGGGCAGAGUCCUUCAUACACUACAGGACUUCUACAGCCACAGUAACUGGGUGGAGCUGGGAUACACCGAGCCAUACAUCAACCUCAUACGCCCAGACCUUCCUCUGGAAAACCUGGCAGAUGUCAACACUGCCACCUGCAGUGACUGUGCCAGUGGAACGUGUCCCAAUUCCAUCCUGCCCAACAUCCUGAAAGAAAAGAAACUCACAUCAGGCUAUAUGGGAAUCUUCUCAGCUGCCAAGCCCAAAGGUAAAUGUAGCCAUGGAGGGGCAGCUGACCUGACUAGCACAGCAGAACCUCGCGGAGGCAUCAGCAAAGAUGAGCGCCGCUCGGACAACGUGGCCCUCCACAACGCUGCAGUGAAUGCAGCCACAGACGCCAGCCUCCAGCUGCUGGAGGACAUCCGGUUAGCUGCUGGGGACAAUGACUUUCUGAGAAUGAUGGGGAUUGCUCGCUCAUCCGUCGUAUGUUUUGUUAUUGACACCACUGGCAGUAUGUCAGAUGACAUCAAGGAGGCCAGGGAGGUCGUCUACGAAAUAAUUGACAGCAAAAAAGGAACGCAGGACGAGCCAUCCGAGUACAUCCUGGUACCAUUCAAUGACCCCCAUUUUGGACCUCUGAUCAAGACAACAGACUCCGAUACGAUGAAAAGAGAAAUCUCUAAGCUCAGAGCGAGCGGAGGUGGUGAUAUCCCUGAGAUGUGCCUGUCAGGACUUCAGUUGGCUCUCACCGGUGCUCCUGACUCCUCCCACAUCUAUGUUUUUACUGAUGCUCAAGCCAAAGACAUUGCCCUCAAGGCCACUAUUGUUUCUCUCAUCAGGAGCUCCAAGUCAACGGUGUCAUUCUUUAUGACCGGGCCCAGCAGGAGGAGCCGUCGUUCCCUCUGUGCUAGCUCCUUUGAAGACUACAAGGACCUGGCUUUGGCUUCUGGAGACCAGGCCAUCCAGGUGUCUAAGAGUCAGUUGCCUCAGGCCACAGACGUCAUCCUUGACACCUCCACUUCAGCUCUGGUGACAGUUCUUCAGCGAGCAAGGAACCCUGGGCAGAAGGAGAUAUUUCCCUUCAUGUUGGAUGAAUCUCUGAAAAAUAUCAUCUACAUCACAGGGCAAUCCAUUACUUUCACGCUGACCAACCCUGCAGGUGUGAGCCAGAACCACAAUGAGGCCAGCGGUAAACUGGGGACCAUACGCACAGUGGGCAAUCUGUGGAGAAUUCGUCUCCACGCUGACAACAAAUCAGGGACCUUCGGGGGACCUCAUCCAGGCUACGCAGUACUCAGUGGGCGUCCACAAGCAGGCCAGCCGGCCACUCUGAUGCUCUCAGUAAUGGGUAGGAAAGGUCCGUCCUCGAUGACCAUAGGAGAUGUUGCCCUAGUAACUGUGUCUGGUCCUGAGACUGUUAGAAAUAGCACAACAAGUGACAUGGGCAACGGAGACAUUCUGGUGACUGUUGACGGUGUCCCUGAGGGGGAGUUUGUGGUCAUCCUUAAAGGAACUGACAAAGUGUCAGGCAGUGAAUUUCAGAGACAGUCUACCACCCAGAUGUCCAUCUCUAAAGUGAACAUCAAGGCUGUGGUGGACAGCAGUAUGGAGCCAGGAAAAACCUUCUAUCUCCCCUUCAGUGUCAUGACCAAGGGCUCUGGUGGUCAAUACUCCAUCAGCGCCAGAAACGACAAAAGCUUCCCCAUGUCCAACCCAGCCAGUCUCACCUUGACAACUGGACAAUAUGCUAAUUCUACUAUAACCAUCACGUCACCUGCCGACACACCAUCAGGCACUGACGUCACUCUGACUCUGGAAGCCAAGUUGUCCAGUGGUGUUGACUCCAACUACGUCGUUUUGAGAUUCUCUGUUGUUAACAAGAUUACAGAUUUUGUUCCGCCCUUGUGUGAAGUGGUUCACGUGCUGGCUGAUGAUUGCCCUCAAGAUGUGUGUCAGUGUGAACCUUUCCAGUGGGAGCUGGCGGCCACCCUUACAGACGGAAAUGGUACCGGAAUAGAGAGCGUUUCCCUGCGCCAGGGCAGUGGAAACUUCACAACCACUUUUCUGAGUGAUCCCAUCAUUCAGGCCAACUACACAGCAUCCUGCUGCUCGCAGAUCGUUGAGUUUGUAGCUGUAGAUAAAUUUGGAAAUGUGGGCAAGUGCUAUCACUCCAUUGUACGCUCUGCAGGCCCUCCUGCCUUAACUGUGUCACUGCCACUGUGGUUGUGCCUGCUGGUAUCUGCCUUUGUAACAAGGUUUUGA